AAGGCCCAUCUGUUUGCAGGCGAAUGCCAUGGGGCUAGCUCGAGACUCUACAAACCAAGCAAAACAUUAACAAACAUAGAUAGCUAGCUUUGAAUGAAAACUCACUUUAUAUAGCAACGUCCGCAGAAAAGUAAUUAUUAAACUACAGAAGCGGGCGUAUCGGCUUGCUUGCAAACAGAAUCACAACACACGUUCAGCUAGCUAGUUAGCCUGCUAGCAACUUUCUCCAGCACGCCUCCCAGUUCCUGCACCACGAGCGUGAGUCAAUCAUGUCAGGCAUCAAGAGGAAGAUUGAAGACAAGGACCCAGACUAUGAAGACAUCUCACAAGUUCAGGAGAACAAGCGACACAAAGUAGUGGAACAAAAUGCGAGGGAAGCUACGGUGCAGAAGAUUGAGGCCAUUAUCAAAGACCAGUUCUCUUUGGAGAUGAAGAACAAAGAACAUGAGAUCGAAGUGAUCGGACAGCGUCUGAAUGAGGCCAGGCGAAUGAUGGACAAGCUCAGAGCCUGUAUCGUGGCCAAUUACUAUGCCAACGCUGGGGUGCCCAAGCUCCAAGAGCAGGCCUCCAAGAGCGACCCGGCGGUGCUGAACCACCCGGCCAUCAAGCGUUUCCUGGAGUCCUCCUCCCCUCUCAACCAGGGCUCGGACGCCCACUCCCUGGGGCCCUCAGAGUCUGAGUCCCUGUCCCAACAGGGUGAGGGGCCGGAGAGGGACGGGGAGGGGGCCUGGAGAGAGGACGGGGGCAGGCAGGAGCGCAGGCCGGGCCGCAACACAGGGAAGGACACGUUUGGCAUCCCGUCGUCAGACGGGGGGGAGCAGAGGGUGACCUACCACACGACAGGAGAUGAGGCUUCCAGACUCUACAUAAAGAAGACCAUCGUGGUGGGAAAUGUCUCCAAGUAUAUCCCUCCUGAUAAGCGGGAGGAGAAUGACCAGUCCACCCAUAAGUGGAUGGUGUACGUCAGAGGCUCCAGAAGAGAGCCCAGCAUCGACCACUUUGUCAAGAAAGUCUGGUUCUUCCUGCACCCCAGCUACAAGCCCAAUGACCUGGUGGAAGUCAGUGAGCCUCCGUUCCACCUGACACGUCGAGGCUGGGGGGAGUUCCCUGUCCGCAUCCAGAUCCACUUCAAAGACCCCCGCAACAAACGCAUAGACAUCAUACACCACCUUAAGCUCGACAGAACUUACACAGGCCUGCAGACACUGGGGGCAGAAACAGUGGUGGAUGUUGAGCUCCACAGGAACUCCCUGGGGGACGACUAUGUGCUCUCUUCCUCCUCCCACGCCCACCACCACCAGCGUGAAGCCAGCCCCUCGUCCCCAUCCUUCCUGCCCCAAACCCCAGGUCCUCUCUCUGGCCGCUGCAGCUCUCCACUCCCCCUCUCACAGGACAACCACCCCACCACCGCAGAGAAAGGUCUGCCCGUCAAAACCGAGACUGGGAGGUCUGGGGCGCCCCCCUCGGCUUCGGAACGCACCCCAUCCCAUCCUAAAGUCACAGAGAAGAUCACGCUGGGUUCCCAUGGCAACUCGGCCUUCCAGCCAAUCACGGCCAGCUGUAAGAUCGUCCCCCAGGGACAGUUGGCCAGCCCCUCCCCCGGGAAAUCCUUUCAGCCAAUCACCAUGAGCUGUAAGAUUGUGUCAGGUUCACCCAUCUCCACACCCUGCCACUCGCCCCUCCCCCGUAUCCACACCUCCACCCCGGUACACACCAAACAGGGCUCCUCCGUCCUCAACAACCCUUACAUCAUUGUCGACAAGCCCGGCCAGGUCAUCGGCAUGGCAGCGAACUCCGGAAGUCCCACAGCCAAGCAGUCGGUUGCGGCCCAGGGGACUCGCUCUCCGGCCCCCAAGGUUCACACAGGCAGCUUCCUGUCCUCAGGGGUCAAGGUCAUUAUCAAGCAGGAGCCGGGGGAGGUUCCCACUCAGCACCAGCAGCAGAUGGUUUCCUCGGUAACGGCAGCCCAGCAGACCGCCGCCGCAGCAACGCAGCAAUUUGUCGCAGUGAAGGGAGGUCACGUGAUCUCCAUGUCGCCACAGAAACAGACAGGAGGGGCCAGCGGGGCCCCACCCAGCAAGGUUCUGGGUAUCCCUGCCCUCCAGGCAGCGGUGAAGCAGGUGGCCAUCAGCAGCGGACAGAUCCUGGUCGCCAAGGGCAACCCCUCCGUUUCCAAGGUGAUUGGUGGGAAGCAGGUGGUCGCCCAGGGGGUCGCCAAGGCCAUCGUCAGCGGAGCGGCUGGUAACAUCGUGGGUCAGCAGGUUGUUGCUAAGGCAACGGGGGCCGCAGGGGGAACAGGAAAGAGCGGAGUGAUGGCUACCCUCCAGCUGCCAGCCAACAACCUGGCCAACCUUGCCAACCUGCCCCCGGGCACCAAGCUGUACCUCACCACCAACAGCAAGAACCCAUCAGGGAAGGGCAAGCUGCUUCUCAUUCCCCAGGGAGCCAUCCUCAGAGCUUCCAACUCAGCAGGUCAGCAGUCCCAGGGCAGCUCCUCUACAGGCUCUGGCUCCCAGACCCCCACCUCCUCAUCCAGCAGCCUGCCCUCUAACCUCUCCUACACAUCAUACAUCCUCAAACAGACCCCACAGGGCACGUUUCUGGUUGGCCAGCCGGCGUCGCAGGGCGUGGGGAAACAGGGCGCGGCCAGUUCCACAGGUCACGUAGUGUCGUCCCCUACGACCGUCACCCAGCAGGCCAUACGGGUCACAGCGGGUCAGAAGGCUGCCAUCCUGGCUCAGGCGCUGGGCGGGUCCCAGGUGAAGCUGUCUGAUGGCUCAGUGAAGACGGUAAGCACGGCGACAGCGGCCCACCUGUCCAAGCCGGCCAUGACCAUGCUUAGGAUGGCGGGCGGAGUCAUCACAGCCACUAGCUCCACCCCCAGCGCUGUCUCCACCGCCGCUGCCACGGCAACUGCCAGUCAACCGGUAGCGGAGGUGUCCGUUCAGGCCAAACCUGUAUCCCACGCUGUCCUGGUGGCAGCCAACCAGGCAGCAGUCAUCAACGCCGCAAAGAACGCCAGCGCCGCUAACGCCGUUACCAUGGCAAGGAACACCACGGCUGCCAUUACCAUGACAAAGAAAUCCACAGCAGCCUCCGUUACUAUGGCAAAGAGCCCUGCCGGUUUGGUAACCAUGCAGAAGGGCGCCACGGCGCCAACUGUCACCUUGGCAAAGGGUCCCACCACCUCUGGCACCGUUGUUACCGUUGCUAAGAGCAUUACCAACAUGCACGUCAUCAGCAUGGCCAAAGGGGCGGGUUCUAUGGCAGUGGGUGUGCCCAAGAGCGCCAGCACGUCAUUGGUCAGUGCGGCAUCGCUGUUCAGUGGGAUGGUGACAGGGGGAGGAAAGACUGCUGCUACCCUAUCAGGUAUGCUGAAGAUCCACUCUGGCGGGUCCAGCUCCCAGCAGACAGUGCUGACCGUCCCUGCCAACCAGCCCAAACAACUGGGGGUGGGCACGGGCACAGGAGGCGUACAGACCAUACACAUGCCCGUCAACAGAGUAGUCCAGUCCAGCUAUGUGUCUAAAGGGCCGGCUCCCAGUAGUAGUUCCACUCCCUCCCCUGGAGCAGGAGUGUCUGCAGCUGGAUUCUCCCCCAGUCCUGCUGCCCAGGCCUCGCCUUCCCCCUCCCUCACCCUGCCCCUGGCCCAAGUGAAGACAGAGCCAGGAGUCUGUACACCCGUCUCUGCUACACCUGCCCCGUCGCCCCCUGUAACAGCCCCUGUUGCCUUCUCCACCCAUGUAGCUGCUCCUCCCACUGCCUUCGCCUCAGUCAAACUGGAGCAGGGGGCCGACACCAGCUCACACCAGCACGUCGAGGUCAUCAACACGGAACACAUAGAGACCCUCAUGCAGCUGCUCACCGCCGUGGUGAAGAAAUCCCCCCUCAUCGUAGCAGAGAAGACCGAGGAAUCCCAUCCGUUCUGUGCAGUGUCUACUGAGCAGUAUUACUCCUGGAACAUUGGGAAACGCAGGGCAGCAGAGCUCCAGCGUGCGGUAGCAGUGAAGCGUGUGGUCCAGGAUGUAUUGGAGCGCUGCCCCCGCCUGCAGGCCCUCACCCCCCCUAAGACCAGAGAGGUGGUCCAGUGGUGCCGACAGAGAGGCUACACACCCCCGGACCCCGAGCCCCUACGCAGCAGCAGGCCUGACGAAGGAACCAUGGAGGACAUCCUCACACAGAUAGACAACGAACCAGAGUGCCCCUCUACCCUGGGUAGCUGUGAGGAGUUGGUCCAGCGGUUGGAGCAGCUGCAGACCCUGUUGAAGACUGAGCCAGAGGAUGAUGAUGAUGAUGAAGUCCUAGACAUCGUCAGUGUGACCCCGCCCUCUCAGAAGUUAAAGGUCAAAGAAGAGGAACAGGAAACGGACCCCGAGCCCAAGUACUUCCUGGCCCCAUGCCCCUCGGCCCAGUUUGUCAGCGAAACAGCCCAACAGAUUGGCGUGGUCUUUCAGCAGGUGGAGGUGGAGAAGAAUGUUUUUGCUCCAGUGAUCGAGGCCAUGAUUCUAAAGGCGACAGAGCAGUUUGCUAGUGACAUCCUGAGAGAAGCUCUGGCUGGAGCCCACGUAAAAUCCCACCAGAACAGGGCUCCCAGAGAGAUCACAGCCAUAAACAUUCACCAGGCGUCCAGCAGCACCCCCACAUGUGACUUCCUCACCAACACGCACAUGGGCUACAUGACCAAGGAGGACUGAUUACACACAACCUAGCUAAGAACAACGGCCACUCAGACUGAGAGAGAUACACGCACACUAGCUACUAGGGCUGGGAAUUACCAGGGACCUCACGAUACAAUAUUUAUCAUGAUACUUACGCGCCGAUACAAUAUGUAUUGCGAUUCUCACAAUUCUAUAUGUAUUGCAAUUCAAUACUGUGAUUUCAUUGUUGUUCCAGACAUAUUGCUCACCAUAUGUCUGCUGCCGAGGGACAAGAGAGAUGAGAACGAGUUUUUAUCUUGGAAAUAAAAGUGAUGAAAACAAAUUGGCUCCCUAUUUAAAAAGAAAAUGAAGAACAAACUCUGAAGGAAAAAUGCUAGAGUUUUGGUGCAGGUUACAGACAGCUAGCGUAAUAAUAAUAUUGCGAAAUUGUCAAAACGAUACGAUAUAUCAUCAGAAAUAAUGUCCCAAUAUGUAACUGUAUCGAUAUUUCCCCCAUCACUACUGGCUACUCACAUCAGUCUCACUAGCUGAGAGACGGGCAGUAAGAGCUGCAGAACGAAGUCGCUUUGGACAAAAGCGUCUGCUAAAUGGGAUAUAUAUAUAUAUAUAUAUAUAUAUAUAUAUAUAUAUAUGGACCUGCCUCUGGGGUUCAACUGAACUGUCGGGCCUUCAGAAGAACUCUCUGACAGACAUUGACCACAACAGAGAAACAGUCCGACCUCCCCUGGAAGACCAUCUCACCAACCGACAUUUUAAACCAUUAGUCAGCUACUUUUCAUAUCUCAGUAUCAUCAAGUAGAAUCAAGAACACAGACAACACCAAACACCUGGGUGGAAUUCAGGACUCCACAACCUUCUGAACAUUAAGAUAUGGCAUGAUCUCUAAACCCUUAGCAGAGUCCAAAAUGUGUACAUUUCCUCCAAUAGUUCUAGAAUACUGGACCGUUGGCUUUCAUCGUUUUCUAAUUCUCAGCGCUGCUCAGGCUAUUUCUCCAACCGUCGCCACGUUCAAACGAAUAGCGGGAGCCAUGUUGGUCGGUAAUGUGGGGGAGGUGCGCAGUCAGGCUGUGCAUCCCCUGCGGAAGGUGGUCGUAGAUCCAGAUGUGUCACAGUGGGCCGCAGGUCUAUCGCGUCUCUGCGCCUGUGGACGUCUCUGAAUUGGCUUUAUCUUGUUAUGGGGUCCCCUGACAUUUUAGUGAUUAGAAAAUAGGGUCCCCGUUGGAAUACCGUUGCUGUACUCUAUAUGACGACAGAUCAGUAUAUCUGUUCUACUCAAUAAACAGUAUUUCUAUAACGCUGUGCCCUACUGAAUGUGACCCCGGGGAUCAAUCAUAACAUACCUGGCAUAACCGUUUCUUUCAUAGUCUGUUUUAGUUUGUAUAACUGGUUUACCGGACAGUCAGACUAAUGUACUGUAUCCACUGACUUAAUCACAGCUGGGCUCAGUCUGGUCCCUUUAAAGCACCACACAAUGUGAGAUAAACCUUGUAUUGAACAUUGUGGGUCUUAAACAUUGUCGAAUGCUUCAAAAUAGAUGUCUAUGGGACAGUGUGUCUGGUGUCUCUCAUCUUGUAACAGGAUGAUGUGUGGAUCAAAUGGUUGAAUUUCUCUCUCAAAUGGCCACAACAAUGCACGCCACGAGGCCAAGUAUGUGCUUUGAUUGAAACUAAACACAUGUAGGCUGUGCUACUUUGUUAACGCCAUCUGCUCGAGAAUUUGCUCGCUCGCCUAAUUCAAAGCAACAGUGUAGGUUCCUUUGAAACCGUACCCUAUAACUCGAGAAGAUGUAAAUGCAUAUCCUCGUGAAACUCCGUUGAGAUCAAAUGGUCGGGAUGCAAAUGCCGCAUGGAAGUGUCACCAGUAAAACUUGAAGAAUGAUAAUUCACGAUCGACAGUGAGAAAUGCACAAGUAGAGCAGAGACUGUGUAGAGUAGAGAAUUCUGCUUCGGACCUUUAGAUUCAGAGAAGUCCGCUCCGCAGCCUCGGCCAUUAAAGUAGUGUCUGUCUGACAGUCACAGGGAGGAGAGACCUACUGUACAUCAGACCAGACGAUGACUCCCCCCCCAAUAACAGUCUCGGCCAUUAAAGUAGUGUCUGUCUGACAGUCACAGGGAGGAGAGACCUACUGUACAUCAGACCAGACGAUGACU